CCUACAGCACAUACAAGGGCAUAAACAUCUUGGUGUAAUUCUGCGUACGCUAUUCAAACACUUCAAAUCAUUGGUAGUUUGAUGACAUAAAAUCAAUCAUGCAGUCUCUAUACCUAAUAUGGAUAAUGAAAACGCAGUUAGUCCCAAAUACGGCAUUUGAUAACCGAUUUGAUUACCAAAAAAGGUGCCGAAUUAUUAUUGAUUCGUAACGUUAAAUAGUGGUUGAUUCAUACAGGGGUAUUUUUUAGCACACCUGUGACAAAUUUCCUCUUUAAAGAGACUUGUAUUUGUGACUGCGUAUAAAUAGUCCUGAAAUACAUCGCUAAGAGUUAUACUGGACCGAAAAGCGAAUAGAGAGAGGGAAAACGUUUCAAAUUAAUUAAACUACGCGUGCAAGUUUACAGCAAAAGUCAAAAUGUCUUCUGGAGUUCAAGUACUAGAGGAAUGCCUGACAGCCUAUAAUGACAUCAAAAAGAAUAAGAAAUAUGUCUAUGUCAUCUUUAAAAUCGUUGACCAUAAUGGCAAGGCGCUCUCCGCUAUUAGUGUAGAUCGUACUAGCUGCAGUACUGGCCAAAAAGAUCAGGAAGAACAAGGUAAGGCCUAUCAAGAAUUCCUUGAUUACUUGAGAGAUACAGAAGAAAAAAGAGAGUGCUGUUAUGCUCUUUUUGACUAUGGGUACACACAAGAAAAUUCAACAUGGAAGAAUUCUGUCAUUUUUUUCAGCUGGAAUCCUGAGAAUGCUACAAUUAAACAGAAGAUGUUGUAUACAGCCAGUGUCAAAAACUUCCUUGCAAAAUUGGAAGGAAUUGGCAAGACCAUUCAAGCCAACUCAAUGGAUGAUGUGGCCGAAUCUACAAUAAAAGCCAAGUGUUUGAAGUCAUCACGUGCUACCUAAAGUCAGACUGAUAAAAAGACAACCUUUUUUAAGAAAGAAGACAGAAUGAUUUUAUAAUGGAAAGAAGAAUAAUGAUUUUUACACUCACCAGGAAAGAUUAAAAUCAUGUGCAGUUUUUUUCUUUAUAUUCCUUAUUAAUUUAUUACAUUCUUAUUAACUGAAAUUGUACAGUUGGAUGGCUUGUCCUGCCUUGGAGUAAAGUGGUGUUACUAAUUUUUUCUCAAUCUUAAACAAAUGUGACUAUGUCUAAGGGACACCAUAAUUUUGUCUGGUAAAAAAAUAAGUUUUUUUUUAUUUCUGAUAAUAAAAUAUGGCUUUGUA